AGAAAAUAAAAGAAGUGAAAGUUGUCAGAAGAAGCUCUCUCUCUAUCUCUCAAGAGCUUCACAUUCUAUAUAUCUUCUAGAGAUAUUAAAAAAAAGGGAAAAGCUCUUCUUCAAUUUUGGGCAAAAAAGAAAGAUUGCAUUUUUAUUGCAAAAAAACACCAUUGUCUUCACGACACAGGUUUCUCUGGAUUUGAGAUUGUUAUAGAGGUAAUCUCUAUAAUCUGUUGAAGGAUUCACAUUUUGGUCUAUAGGAAGAGAAGUUUUCACUGUGUGAAGUGAAAAAAAAAUGAAGGGUGAUAGUAUUCUUGACUAUGCUAUAUUCGAGCUUUCGCAUAAACAUUCACGAUGCGAACUGUUUGUAUCGAGUAAUGGAGAAACAGAGAAACUGGCUUCAGGACUGAUCCAACCUUUUGUGAAUCAUCUGAGUGUUCUUGCAACACAAUCAUUGUUUAGAGCUGAAGUAGAAAAAAGCCAAAAUGGGAAAUCUUGGUUCACAAGAAGAACACUCGAGAGGUUUGUUCAAUUUGUUAAUGGUCCAGAAGUUUUGGAAAGAGUCGGUACGAUUGAUUUGGAGAUGUCACAGUUGGAAGCAGCUCGGACAUUAUAUUCUCAGGAUGAUGGAGGCGUAACGGAUGCUACAAAGAAGGAGCUUUCAAGAGCUAUUGAUUUAAGACUUGAGGCAAUCAAGAAGGACUUAACCACAGCGAUUACUCAAGCCUCAGCUAAUGGUUUUGAUCCUCAAACUGUCUCUGAUCUCCAACGUUUUGCUGAUACAUUCGGCGCUCAUCUUUUGAACGAAGCAUGCGGAAAAUUUAUAUCAUUAUGUCAAAGAAGACCAGACCUGAUCAAGAAAAACUUGACUACCAAUACACAAGCAUCAGUCAAUGAAACAAACAUCAGUCAAGUUCAACGUAGUAAGACUGAAGAAGAGGUGAAAAAAGAUGAGAGUGUGGAUGAAUCCUCCACGGUUAAGACCACUCAACAUACAAGGAGGCUCAGCGUGCAAGACAGGAUUAAUCUCUUUGAGAGCAAAAAGACGGAAGAUUCAAACUCUGCAGGACACAAACCGGUGGUUGUUGCUAAAUCCACCACAGAGUUGAGGAGACUUUCCUCUGAUGUCUCAUCAGCUGCUCCUGUUGUAUUCCCUCAGAAAUCUGUCUUGAGAAGAUGGAGUGUUGUUAGUGACAUGAGCUUUGAUUUUACAUCGGAUAACAAGAAGUCUGACGGUAGUGGCAACGAAGAAGGUCCCUUGAGUAGACCAUCGUCUGGUAAUCCUGAUGCCACUGUGCCAAGCGAGCCUGAAGAGAACAGUAAAAAGGAUGAUGUUGAUGAUGUGUCUUCUACUAAAUGUGAUGAAAACCAGUCUGAUGGUGAUGAUUUGAGGCAGCAGGAAGAGGAGAGAUAUGCUUCCAAGCCCCACAAUGUGGCACAACCAUCAGUUAUGUUUCCUCGACAUUCGCGGUCUCGAUCAGCCCAUAUAGGAGAUGGUAUUGAUUUCAAAAGUGAUGAACUUCAACCACAAAGCCGGAAGAAAGAGGUGAUAUUAUCAGACAAGCAACCUGCCUUAACAAUCUUGACAAAACCAGUUUCUGCAGGGUCUGGACAGAGACACAUAUCAUCUGGUGUAGAGAAUGAUCUUGAGGUUAAUCUUGUGAAUACAGAUUCAGCUGCUGGAAAAAUCAACAGUAGUAGAGUUCGUGCAACAUCCGUGGAUCAUAUGCAGAGAACAAGAAGCUCUCAAGAGGUUAACGAUGUGUUGAAAAUGAAGGCAAAUGACCUUGAGAAGAUUUUCGCGGAGCAUAAACGACGGGGUGUUCGUGAAGAUCAAUCAGCUGGUGAUGUAAAAGACAACAAGAAUGUUGUAAUGCAUCGGAAUGUAUCUGAUUUAAGCUAUUCAGAUGAUGCCAAAGGCAAGUUAUAUGAGAUUUAUAUGAAGAAAAGGGAUGCGAAGCUGAGAGAAGAAUGGAGUUCAAAAGAAGCUAAGUUGAAGUCAAUGCAAGAAGCUCUUGAGAGAAGUAGAACCGAGAUGAAGGCUAAGUUUUCUGCUGCAUCCGAGAAGAGACAGGAUUCUAUAUCAAGUACACGUCAACGUGCAGAGAAACUUAGAUCUUUUAAUACUCGGUCAAGUAUGAAGAAGUUUCAGCAUCCUAUAAGCUCAUUACAGAGCGAAGAAGAAGACGUGAAAGAUAAGCCAGUCACUGGAAAGAGUGCUUCCAGGAGCUCUCAAGUUAGGAAGGCCCCAUCACCAAACCGGAGCUCUCGAGUCUCAAAACCAUCAGGUAAAGUUUCAAACACUAACAUUGCUCCCGGAAGAGGGAGAAGAACAACAGAGGUUAAUCCGGUUGCACAAUCUUCUAUUCCCAAUUUCUCUGAUCUUAAGAAAGAAAACACAAAACCAUCUUCUCUACCUGUCAGAAACCCUCCUAUGAUGCGAACACAGGUGAGAAGUGGUAACAAGAAGACUACAAAGGAAGAUAUACCGUCUCCUGUUAAGCCCCGGAGACCGAGAUCACUAAGGAAAAGCUUCUCUGCCAACAUAGAGUUCACUGAACUUACAACUCUCUACUCUGAUGAGAUGCUGAACAAAGAGAUGAAUGAGAAACAGAACACUGACAUUGAUGACGCACCAGAGAACUUGAGGAAUGAAGAGUUUGAUGAAAUUGAAUCUGAGGCAGAAGAAGAAGUGAAACAAGUUGUGGAGAAUCCUGUGAAUGAAGAAGAGGAAGCUAGAGAAAUAGUUGUGGAUAUUAUUGAUGAAAAGACUUCACUUAGUGACAAAGCUGAGAACUCCUCAGAGGAUGAUGAAAAUGUCACUUGCGUGAGGUCAAUCUCUCAGGUAGACUUACCGAUGAACACUACUCUACCUUCACCCUUCCAGCAUCACCUCACCUCGUUAAUGGAUUCACCUAGUGAGAGUCCCCUCUCAUGGAACUCAAACUUGCAACACGCUUUCUCUUAUCCUCACGAGCAUUCAGAUGCUGAUGCUUCAAUGGAUUACUCUCCCAUGGGAAGUCCUGCUUCUUGGAGUUCAAGAAUGAGAAAGAAAUGGGGAACAACAACUCAGAGUCCUACUAUUGUUUCAAACUCGUCACCACUCCACUCUCGGAAAGAUUUAGCAAAAGGGAUCAAACGUUUGCUUAAGUUUGGAAAGAAAACUCGUGCAGCUGAUAGUCUGAUGGAUUGGGUUUCUGUAACAACAUCUGAAGGUGAUGAUGACUUUGCUUAUCGAUCAUCUGAUGAGUUAAGGAAAACAAGAAUGGCAUCUUCGCAGAGUCAGCAUUCUGAAGAUGAACAAGGGAGCUUUAAAGCGAAAGAUGGCGAGUUUAAGAAAUCAUUCUUCUCACUCUCUACAUUCCGUAGCAAAGGAAACGACUCGAAGCCAAGAUAACAGGAAAAAAAAAGAACAAAACCAAUCUGUGUUUUCAUUUACAACAACACAAGUACAAAGUUUGUAAUGUUGAAACAGAGUUACAGUCCUUGAUAUGAUUUGAGUACAUUAUUGUUGUUUUUUUUUAAUAUUUAAAUGAGAUAAACAUAUUUUUGAAACACUGAAAAGUAUAUAUAAAUCUUCCCAACAGAGUUGUUUUUAAUCCAACAUAGCUUAUGAAUGUUAAAACAGAUAUCUUUUGAUCAUAUAACAACAACACAGUUUUUGUUUCCGUACACAUCACAACAAAGUAGUUAAAUAAGAAGGCAAGUUAAAGAAGUCUACAAUCAUUCUUCAUGUCCUAAUCUUCAAAGUCUUCAAGACAGAAGCUGUAGUUAAACGACCGUUGCAUCUUCAAAACAAGAGUAAAAAAGGUUCUCAGGUCAUAUUUCAUAAUCUCCAAACAUUGAACACAAGAUAUACUAUGGAAACAAGUUACCUUGGGAUUCACUCAAAACCAGUUGCAUCUUCUCUAAACUAGAACUACCUCGAAAGAGGUCAAUGCGCCACUUGGACCGUAGAUAACUACUACUGAUUUGAUAUUCCUUCAUAUCAAGUCCUACGAAAGUUACUGAUAAGAAAUUUAUUUUCUUCACCACCAUCUUGAUUCCAACAUCAAAAAACAAUAAAAACAAAUCACAUGUCAGAAUAUGAACUUAUAAAAGGGCUAUUAAAGUAAUUACUUACUUCCACUCCAUCGUUUAUACAUUUUUCGCCAACAGCAUACGGAUGGCGAAAGAAAAACAACAUGGUUGACUGGAGAAUCAAACUCCAUUGCUGAGAAUGUUUUAUAGCACGUAGCACCAGAAAAACAAAGAACGUGUAGAUCAUGGAUCCGAAUACGCCUAGCAUUAGGUACACGGGAACAAUUGCUACUACAUCUGCUAUCACAGCAAUUAGGAAGACUGUGAUCCUCAUAGUGUUCAUUAUAGAGUCUGUGUCUUUCAGUGACAAGACAAGAGACAUCUCUAGCCUGUAAGCAUACACCUAUAGAAUACAGAACCAUAACUUAAAAUAGUUUCCAAAGGAAAGUUCAUUAAUAUCAAACUUUUUUUUUGAGUUUUUACCAUAAAAU